UAGGGGUACUGUGUGCCAAGCACAAAGGGUGGUUCCAAACUACAAAUGGGAUGGAGUGGAAACGUACAGAUUUAGAACUGGGAACGAAAGGUCUACAAGUAAGAACAGAGGGGGCACGGGGGUCGAAAAGGGUGUAUUCCAAAGUGGAGCAAUAGAGGACCCUGGAACCGAAAAUCUGAACUGAAAACUAUUACACAUUAGUAAUAGAGGCUCAGAGGGGGAGGAAGGCAACAGUGAUGUAUCGUUUGUGCCAAAUCCUGGGAUGCACUUCGCGCUUUUCAAUCCCACAACCAUGUAAGUAGUACUACCUUACCCUUAUUUUACGGGACUUAAAAGUGGGAAUAUCCGAGUCACAUUAAAUCCAGUGUCUACUGCAUAUACAUCAUAUGCACACAGUCACGCUCUCUAACGAACCUCGCGCGUACUGUAGUAUGACACCGGUUUUACUCCAUGCUUCGUUGUCGGUGACCAUGGAGGACCCACUACAAACUACGCAGGUCCUGGGCCCUGAGGACGUAAAGAGGAGCAAAGAUAGAGUUGCAGCACUCAAGGACUCCGAUUGUUCGGCCCACCCACAAAUAAACAGAUAAAUUAUAACAGUAUGUGACGGGUUUGGUAUUUGUUUAUUUUGGCUUCACCACAAGAUUACAGACCCCUUCCUAAACCAGAGAGCGGUCCUAUUUCUUUGUACCCAAGUGCGCCAGGUGGGUUGGACCUCAGGGAGGCGCUCAGUAAGCAAGCACCCGUUACUGCUCGCGUCCGGUGAACUUAACCAUUUACGGAAACCUCACCUGGAAAAGCACGAACCGGACUACGUUGUUUGUUAUCGCAGUACUGAUACACGGUCACAACGAAAAUUUUGGGCUAAGAUACCGCAACUUAAAAGCUUCACCCUCGUUCAGCCAGGGAUUUUCCGAAGUGGUUUUGCUGUCUCAUUCCAAAACAGCACGGUUUCUGCCUUUCCUCAAGACGGGUUUAUAUUUUCGACUCUGACCGACUGCGACGUUCCUGGGAAGCCAGGUAGCGGCGCGCGCUGGCACGCAUGCGCACACGCAGUCGCCUUCGCGGGCGGGGACAGCCCGCCCCGCCCCGUCCCGGGGCGCGCGGACCCCCAGCGCCUCCUCCGCGGGUCCGGCGGCGCCCCCCGAGAGCGCGCGCGAGGCCGGGGCGGACGCGGCCGGGGCGGUUGGGCGGAGGCUGUCCGGGCGCCAUGUCAGCCCAGGGAGUGGCGGUGCUGCUGCCGUGGCUGAGCUGCUGCGGCUGGGCCGUGUGGAGGUAUUCCACUAACAGCCCAAACUAUCUCAUUUUUAGUACCAGAAGUACUAUUAAGUUAGAGUAUGAAGGAACAUUAUUUUCUGAGUGGAGUGUGCCAGCAACUUGUUCUGUAAAAAAUAAAAGCUCUCCCAAGACAGAACUGCGUUGUUCUUCUCCUGGUAUUCAGACUAUAAGACCACUUCUUAUUGGCCCAGAUACAGAAGAAGAACGCAAUUUGUCUGUGGACAGUUCCCAUAUGUGUUUUCUGUGGUAUCUUAAAGUUAUAAAUUUCUUCCACAAUUUAACCCAGGUUAUUGUUAUAUGGAUUUAUGACCCAGAAAAUGCAGACCCUGAAGAGUUGCUAUGGACUGCCCAGGAACCGUCACUAAAUUCUAUAGUACUUACCAAGCAGUUGGCCACUUUGGGACAGAAGCCUGGCAUAUACACAACUCUGAAGAGAAAAACUUAUUUGCCACAUGACAAAAUGGAGAAUGGGACCUGGCGUAUUGUGGUACCAAUGACAUUUGAUGAUAUGCUAAAGGAGAUUAAAGGAAAUCAAGUGGCUUUUCAAGAUUGCUUUACUGCAGAUUUUCUUUUUGUGCUGGCCUUUCCUUUGAUGACAGUAUCUGAGAUUCCUGGAUUUUUACCAAUCUCUUCACCACGUGGUAGUCAGUUAAUGGCAGCCUGGACUGCUUGUGUUCCUUCAUUUGUUGUUGUGGUUGCUGAUAUGGAGACCUUUCAAACAAAUGACUCAUUCCACAGCUGGACCAGAGUCAGAGUGCCUCCAAACAUUUUGACAGAUGAUGAAAGGCACAAUGUAUCUGAUGUGAGCCUAUCACAGAAUGGAAUAUUUUUUCUAAUAAAUGGCGUUCUUUACGUAAGAAGUUUUACUGAGUUCAAAAGGCUGGGAGUAAGUGAAAAUCUUCCCAAUAGUGGAAUUAUUGGUAUUACAACAAGAAGAUGGUGUUGGAUCAACUAUUUAUUAAAGGGUAAAACAAGAAGUAAAGUGGCAACCUGGACAAAAAAUGAAGUUUAUCUUGGAUAUGAUUUUCUUAAAUUUGUCAAAAUAAUGACUACUGAAAAACUGAAAAUUUUUCUAAAUAUACCAUCAGCUGCUACACUAACUAUACACAAUGUCGAGUAUACAGGACACCCUUUGGAACUUGCCUUAUUUUUAAGUUACUGCACUACCUGUACGGUCAACAAAAUGAUUUACUUGGUAAUAUACAAUGAAGAUACAGAAGACUGUGUGAACCAAAACUUUGCGUUAGAUGUCCCUAUUAACAGCUUUUUAACUCCGCAUUUUAUAUUCACAGCACUGCCAGGUUUAGUACUCUGGGACAAAUAUAGGAUCUACUAUUUUUAUCACAAUUUCACAGAGACUGGAGUUUUACAAACACCUACAGAAUUUGGAAAUCUGUCCAGAUUAGCACAUAACAGCAUUAUUCAUGAUAUUUUCAUAGAUUAUUAUGGAAAUAUUUUGACAAAAAUGGAAAAUAACAUCCUGUUUUAUUUCAAGAUCAAUAUUAAAGAUGCAGUAAAACUACACUCAUGGGCAAAUAGCACAGUGAAGUCAUUAAUUCUAUUGAGUACGUCUACUCAAAUAUAUUUCAUAUAUGUUUUUGAAAAUGCCACAGUACAGUCACAGGAAUAUCCUUUAAAACUGGAAACACAAAGUGUGAAUUUCUAUAUACAAGAAAAAUGCCCCUACAUGGCAUUUCAUAAUAAUGUUUUUAGUGUUUUUCACUUUUUGGACAAGGGAGAGAACCUGUCCUUUUGGGCUCAAAUAGUCUAUACAGAAAAUCUUGGUCUGUAUGUUAUUGUGGAAUCAUAUGGCCCAAAUAUAUUACAAGAAAUACAGAAGGUUCACUAUGAAGUCGCCCUAGGAUACUGUACUAAAACCACGACAGUCACAUUUUUUCAGAAUGUAAAUUAUGAGGCUGUAGAUGACUACUUCAAGUUGCAAGACGAGAACACGGGCCUUCGGCUUGUGCAGUUUCGGCCUAGUGAGUACGCAAGAGCGUGUCCAACUGCCCAAAAGGUGUUCCAAAUAGCCGUUGGCUGUGAUUCCAGUAAAUACAUUGUUGUUAAAGGAUUUAAUAAAAAAGACUGUCUUCAGCAUGAUUUCUUUUACAUUAUUGAAAAGUCAUAUCUGAGGAAUCAGCCAUCUAAAAACUUGAGAGUAAAAUAUAAUUGGAAAAAAUAUGGCUGCCCACUGAGACUUGAUUUCGGAGAAAUGUUUCACCCUUUGAUUGAAUUACACAAUGGCAAUGGCUACAUCGAAGACGUGGAAGUGAACUUCAUCGUGUGGGAAAUACACGGCAGGAACGACUACAGCUUUAAUAACACCAUGAAGAAGAGUGGUUGUUUAAAUGAAGCCCAGACGUGGAAGUCAAUGACGAAGCUUAACCAGAACCUUCCACUUGAAGAAGCCUGGGGACCUGAGAACUAUAAACACUGUUUUUCUUAUGCUAUUGGAAAACCAGGAGACUUAAAUCAACCAUAUGAGAUAAUCAACAAGUCUAACUAUAACCAUUUAAUUUGGCCUGAGGACCAUUCUGGAAUGUAUGUGUUUCGCGUGAAGAUCCUGGAUCCAAACUAUAGUUUCUGCAACCUAACAGCUAUAUUUGCGAUAGAGACCUUCGGAAUGAUUCCCAGUCCAAGUGGCUACCUGGUUGCUGCUUUCCUCUUUAUCCUGAUGCUGCUGUUCUCCAGUAUUCUGGUGUUGAGCUACUUCCAUUACAUGAGGAUUUAUACACAAUACCUUUAUGAGCCAAUUAAAAGAUAUGAUAAAAAACAAAAGGAUAAUUAGGAAAAAUGAAAGUUUGUUUAGUAUGGAUAUAUAUAUGUAUAUAUGUAGAGAGCAUAUAUAUAUAUAUACACAUAUUACAAGUGUGUGUGUGAUUAAGAAAUGCUAAAGAUAAGCACAUAGUAGGUAUAAACAAAUUCAAGCUCUAAAAAAUGUCCUUAAAUUACCCCAAGACAAACAUUCUUAUAUCUACUAUGUGUUAUUAAUUUUAAGGUGUUUGCCCUUACCUUAAGGUUCUCCAUAUACUCUUAUGUGACUUUUUAAAAAAAUAAAAUAAAACUAAAUUUGCCUAUUAAA